UAGGGUCAGAUCCGUUCAACUGAAGCCAUGGCAACGCUGAAGGCUCUCAACGCCUCUGGUAUCCCAGUCAGAGGCCACAAUAUUUUCUGGGGAAUGGAUUGGCACACGCCAACCUGGGUGACAACAUUUAAACAACAUGACCUCCAAACUGCCAUGGACAACAGAAUAAAUAACGUUGUUACCAUGACGAGAAAUUAUGUCCGCCAUUGGGACGUGAACAACGAGAAUCUCCAUGGUGAUUUCUACGAAUAGAAAACACGUGACCCGAACAUCACCAUGAAGAUGUUCUCAUCAGUCCAUAAGGUGGAUCCCAAUGUUCAACUCUUCCUAAACGAUUACGGAAUAAUGGAGGACACUGCGGCACAGUCUUUACGGAACCAAGCAAUGAUGUUCAAAAGUGCGGGAGUGCCGAUCCAUGGAAUCGGGAUCCAAAGUCAUCUACGUGACAUAAAUGUCGACAUAACAACGAUGAAGGCUCGACUGGACACUGUUGCAGAGGCAGUGUUACCUAUUUGGAUUACAGAGCUCUCCAUUGAGACGACAAAUGAAACAGUCAAGGCGAGUGUUCUCAGACCCAAUGCUGCUGGACUGGUUUACCAAGAACUCUACAAGACAACAUGGCGUACAAAUACAACGCUGCCAGUCCAUGGCAACGGUGACGUCACAGUUCGUGGUUUCCAGGGUGUUUACAAGGUCACAGUCAAGAAAAGUGGAAAGGAGUUAACCAAUAAAUAUGUCAGCGUUAUGGAUGACAAGGCCAUUGUAGUGGACAUGACUAAGAGUUUUAUGUUGAAGUAGAUGUGGAUCUUAAUUAGCUUAUUGCUUUGCUUAUGACCGUACCUCGGUUGUUGGAAUGGUGUUUCGUUCCUUUCUUCAUUAUUUUGUUACGAGCAUGCAUUUGCCCACGAUUUUCCAAUUUAGCUGGUUAUAAUAUUGGAAAGGAAGACGCGUAACAAUAGUAUGGUCAACCAGUAAAAGAUUAAAAUAACAAAUGGCUUAUAACGUAAAACUAUAGACAUCAUAUUAGAUGAGGUAACUGAUUAUACUUUAUUUAGUGAUGAUUACUCUCAAGGCUAAGGUUUAAAAAUGUACGUUAAAUGUAACACGGAUAUUAACCAGUUGAAUUAUUAGAUGUGUUGACUGAAAAAUGGGUAGUUUCUCAUAUUUAGGGAAAAUUUUAUUCACUUUACUUAUAAUAUGUGUUUUUAUGUUUAUAGAUUGUUGAAAAUCUUUGAUAGGGGUAUCCUAUAUACAAGCUUUGUUACACGUGUUCGACGUGCCCAUGAGUUCACAGUUUACAUUUGGGUUCACAGGUGGAUUAUCCGCGCCAACCAUCGUCGGUUAGACUUCAAUAAAGCUCAUGGAGGAUGUUGCAUGUUUGUUUUAAUUUCUUCAAUAUUAGUGUUCGAAAUGAAGAAUGUUAUUAAACAAUCGUUUUUCGGAAUAAAUAAGCUAUUGACA